ACCUUUCCAUAAACUAUUUCCUUUCUUUGCUCCUAGAAAGUUUUACUCCAGUUUAAGCCUCCAAUGGAAGGCCUAAUACCUAAACAUAUCCAAGAAUAAGAACUUUUUGCAUCUGAUCUGCAGGAUCAAUCAUAAGACCUCGUAUCAGUUUCUCUCUCUGUCUCUCUCUUUCCCCUCUCUCAACAAUAAUAAAUAGGGGGAAGGAAAAAUAAAAAACCCAACGUAAACAGUUGUGUGUGUAUCAAUGGCUUCAACUGAUCAAGAUUUACCAGAAGGAACAGUAAAGAAUGUGCUAGACCAAGAUACCUUGAAGUGGGUAUUUGUAGGUGGAAAAGGUGGUGUUGGGAAAACAACAUGCAGUUCCAUAUUGGGUAUUUUACUUUCACAGGUCAGAUCCUCAGUUCUCAUCAUAUCCACUGACCCUGCUCACAAUCUCAGUGAUGCUUUUCAACAGCGGUUUACAAAGGCUCCUACCCUUGUUAAUGGUUUCACCAAUUUGUAUGCCAUGGAAGUUGAUCCAACCGUGGAGAAUGAAGACACAAUUGGUUCAGAUGGAAUGGACGAUUUUCUGUCUGAUUUGGCGAAUGCAAUUCCUGGAAUUGAUGAAGCUAUGAGUUUCGCUGAGAUGCUCAAAAUUGAGGAAAAGGAAGGGCGAGGAAGGGGAUUGCUAUGCUACCAGAUUUCUCGAAGAAAGAAGUGGUUGACAAAGUGGGGAACAUGUAACCAACGACUUUUUCGAGUUCAUGCAAAACUGUUGCUAUCAUUGAUUUGGCACUCUGAGUUCCUGGCCUUUCAAACAGUCCAUAAUAUGCUCAUGAGAGUUGUAAUCCAGAGGGCUUUAAGAUGUCUUGUUAACUUCAGCCGUUGCCAGCUGAUUAUAGCUUCUUUCAAGCCUCAAGUUCUUGACACUCAGUCCCCUUUUUCUUCUGAUGCUGGUACUCUUGACUAUUUCAACCAAUAUUUGGAAUGGUUUAAUGAUAUUGAACUAGUGUUCGGAGUCUGCGCUGGAAAAUCUUGGGGAUUAAACUCUCUUUCACUUGCUUAUGAGGCGGAUAAAGAUAUUAAGGGAAUCUUCUUUUUGGACCUUGGAAAACUGGCGAAAAGUUUGAAUAAGCAGCAUCAACAAAAUCAGGAAGCUGUGUUUCUUUACGACACAACGCAUAUUUUCUCCUUGCCUUUUAGUUUUAAUUGUGGAGGUGGAGUAGUCUGUUGCUGUUACCUGGACUUGACGACAUUCGUUUGUGUUUGCAUUCCUGAAUUCCUCUCUCUAUAUGAGACUGAAAGACUUGUUCAGGAACUCACUAAAUUCGAGAUUGAUACACAUAACAUUAUAAUUAAUCAAGUGCUUUUCGAUGAAGAAGUUGUUGAAUCGAAGCUGCUAAAGGCUAGGAUGCGGAUGCAACAAAAGUACUUGGACCAAUUCUACAUGUUAUAUGACGACUUCAAUAUUACCAAGUUGCCUUUGCUACCACAAGAGGUUUGUGGUGUUGAAGCUCUGAAAGCAUUUUCACAUCGCUUUCUGACACCGUAUCAACCUUCUCUCAUACGAGGUUCAGUGGAAGAGCUGGAAAUGAGAAUAGCCACAUUGAAAGAACAAUUGAAAGAUUCUGAAGAAGAAUUAGAAAAACUUAGAGCUGGCCAACAACAAGGUAUAAUGUAGAAAGCACUUACUGGAUGGAGGCCAUUUUGUUGCCUUCAAUUUUUUUCAUCUUACUUUUUCUUAGGAAACAACAUCAUCUGAAAAGUCUUUUUUGUUUGGAGAGAUCCAUUUUGUAGAAUAUUUUUUCAUUCUUUUAAAGUGAAGUUAUUUUGUACCUUCAAUA